CUGUGCAAAUUUCCGUAUUUGAGUUAGGUCUGCACAGUUACACGUGAAACAGUUGAGAAUCUGCAAUCAGCUUGAUAAUAAUUUUUAUUUUUCCCAGUCCAAAGAAGUUGUCACAAAAACAGUGUGGCAACAUUAACAUCAUCUCUGACAAUGGAUGCCUCCUCCGCAAAAAAAGCUCUUCAUCCUUUCUGGCCCCGGGACCUGGUGAUUCCCUCCUAUGUGGCCAAUGAUCGGUCCAUGUCAGAGAUUUUGGUGUUUCUGUUUUCUGUCUCUGGGGUGUUUCUGCUUGUGACCUGGCUGAUCACUGGGAUCAACGGCAAGCUGGGAACGUGGAGGCGUUUGGCUAUCUGCUGGUUUGCAGUUUGUGGAUUCAUCCAUAGCGUUAUUGAGGGCUGGUUUUCUCUUUAUUAUGCCAUUCUACCAGGGGAUCAGAGCUUCCUGUCCCAACUGUGGAAAGAGUACUCCAAAGGAGACAGUAGAUAUAUUAUAGCUGAUAACUUUACUGUUUGUAUGGAGACCGUGACGGCUUUAUUAUGGGGUCCGUUCAGUUUUUGGGCUGUUUACUCCUUUUUAACAGCCAAGUCCUACAGAUUUGUUCUGCAGCUCACCAUUUCACUUGGGCAGCUUUAUGGAGCGGUGCUGUACUUCUUCACGGAGCACAGAGACGGCUACGCCCACAGCGAGUUCGGGCACCCAAUCUAUUUCUGGUUCUACUUUGUCUUCAUGAAUUUCCUGUGGAUCAUCAUCCCUCUGCUGCUUAUUGUGGAUGCAUGGAGGCAGUUAUCCACAGCCCAAACAUAUGCAGACACCUCUGAGAGACUAAAGACUAAAAGGAAGUAAUCAUCAGACAGACACAGCUAUCUGUAUUCCCUUAGUUCAUGUUGAAAUAUUAGGUUGAUUGCCCAGUGAUUGUUGCAAUUGUCUUUUUAUCAGAAUCAGAUCAGAAUCAGAUCAGAAUCAGAUAUACUUUAAUAAUCCCAGAGAGGAAAUUACUGUAUAUCUUGCUGGGACAAUAAAAUAGAUAACGUGUUAUUUUAUAUUAUUGUUUUUUCAUAAUCUUCAGUUUGUGAUUAGACUGUAUACUAUCUUCAGAUUUACAGGAGGAAUCUUUUUUAAAUGGCUUAGCCAAUUAAAAGUACAGUUUGAAGGUAUAGCACUGUACUAUUAAACAGUGGCCAGAAAUGCA